AUAAGUGGUUAGCCUACUAGGAGUUAGCAACAGAGGUUUGGCAAUAAGAAACACUUAUUUACGACACCUUAAGUUUCUGUUUCACUUUCUGUUUAGGGUAAGAGAAAAUAUCAACCCCAACACAGUAACCCAGUCAUCUCACUCUAGCUAUGGACGAAGAGGAACUGAUUUUAUGUACUCACUGCAAGAAAGAGGUGGCGAAGUCAAACUAUGACCUGCACGAACCACACUGUAAGAGGUUUCUGUGUGUAUGCCCUGACUGCGAUGAAACUGUGCCUCGAGAUCAACUGGAGCAGCAUAAAACCGAACAGCACACAGAGAUAAAAUGUAAGAUGUGCAAUAAAAAGAUGGAACGAAGGCAUCUGUUGGAUCAUGAGAAAGAUGAGUGCACUGAGAGGCCACAGAUCUGUGAGUUUUGUCAGCUUAAGCUUCCUCUGAGCAAUCUAAAAGAGCACAAAGUGUCCUGUGGGAGUCGCACGGAGCGCUGCUCUGACUGUGGCCGGUACGUUAAACUGAAGGACCAGCUUGAUCACGCUCAGAUCUGCUCUAAUUCCGCCCCCACAACAUUAAAAGACCUUGUCCCUGAGGAUGAUACUUCUGACACAGAUGAGCAGUCUAUGCUGCAGUGUCAGAGCUGUCUGAAAUACAUUCCCUCAGAGAAGCUGAAGGAACACAAGCUGCUUUGCAAACAGUCCUUACAGUUUGUAGACGCCGAGGAUGAUGACUCAGAGGAAGAGGAUGACAACCCCAAUCCUGGAAAUAGCACUCCAGACGCUGCAGAUUUCUCCUUCUCAUCAUUGCACAAGGUGAAGAGAGACAGAAACAUUGACAUGGACCUGGAUAAGAUAAGCACCUGUCCGCUCUGUCACCUGGCUCUUCCUGUAAAGACGCUGGAAUGGCAUGAGAGAAAAUGUGAAUUACACAGACAUCUGAGCAUGGCAUGAUGGCUGGUGAAAUCAAAGCCAAAUAUGGUUGCUGGAAACUGUAAACUCGCCAAUCACCAUAAAUAAAAUAUUAAAUAUAUUUUUAAUUUUUUUUUUUUUUUUGAAAUUACUGAAACUAACUAAAAACAUGUUUACAAUCCUUCUUAUAACCACUGUAUGAUUUUAAUUUGAAAAUAAUGGCUCUUUAAAAUGUUCAAAAUAGGCCAGGUGAACGGUAAAAAAAUGCCAAAUGUUUUUGACAUCUUGAGUAAGGGUACUUUAUGUACAUACUUUGUUUAAUUGUUUAAUUACUGACUAUUUACCCAUUUUAUGAGGCAGAUGGCGCUUUCAUAAAUCUGUUGAUUAAACUUUACUGCAUGUUAAAUCCAGAUAAACCUAAGACCAUGGCAAAAAAAAAAAUGAAAUAAAGAUGACAACUAUUUGUAUGAGGUGCAUGAAAUUUUUUAGUAUAUUCUAGACUUUAAACUAUUUCUCUCCAUGCCAACAUCUUCAUAUCGUUGUUCGAAAUACCCUGAGGAUUCCGCAGACCAUCUAACAGAUGAAGAGGAUUGUGAAAAUAAGGAGAAACAUGGCCAUUUAUUAGGGGAGACCACAAGAUGGCACAGUUUCAGUCAGGAUUGCCUUUCCUUAAAAUCUUAAUAUUCCUAUAGUAUCUUUUAAUACAUAUUACUUAAAUUAUGUUUUACUACAUUUUAAAAUGUUUUUAUUGCUCUAUUUGUUCAUUUGUAAUUGAGUAGAAUUUUAUUACAAUUUAUUCUUCAAAUUUUAUUUUUUGCGGGUGGUAAACUUGGUCCUCCUAGUAUGUAUUAUGUGACUAAAUUAUGUGACAAGGUUCAUAAAAAAAAAUAAUUUUUUGAACAACCUGUUCUACACUUGGAAACAAAAGUGCAAGAGAGACAUCUAGUGGAUAUUUUUGUAUUCCUCUUGCCAGAGAUCAGUGUUGAGAAUGCAAAUUCAAGAAUAAACGUUUAGUCAUAAUCUCAUAA